AAAUUACGUGAACAGCAUGCAGAGUUCAUUACCUCUUACAAAAAGCUUAUUUUGGGUAACUUUAAACCAACAAUAAGUGAAGAUUCUGCACUAGACAAUCAAUCUGUUAUUAUACCAGUGCAGGUUUUAGUGAAUAAUUCACAACUGACAAUUCCAGAUGGUCAUUCAAAGUCUUAUAUAAUGAUCUUUGCAUGGGAGAACCAAACCGAUUGA